GCUUGGAGAAUCGGAACAAUUCCUUCUGUAGGCUUGCAUCAUGGAGGCUCGCAGCCAGUCCAGCAGCCAACAGGUUCUGUGCAAAGAUGUGGAGGGGUCUAAAGAGAAGAGGGCCAAGCACCACAUCUACCAGCGUGUGGCACUAAUUAUGGCUCUGGUCUUCCUCAUUUUGUGUCUCUGCAUUUUCAGCUUGGCCUAUCUGUGGAGCCCCACCCUGGGAAAAGUCUACGACCAUGACUACAAAGCGGUGCUGGACGGCGUAGAGCGAGACGGCCUGAUGGAGAUCGACCCCAUUCGACAGGUUGAAAUAUUCCGGAUCGGAAAUGGGAGUGAGGAAGUUCUUGAGGUGCACGACUUUAAAAAUGGACUCACUGGGAUCCGCUUUGCCGAACAUCAGAGGUGCUACAUCAGGAGCCAAACCAGGAAGCUGCCCACGGUGCCAGAAGUGGAAGCUGAAUAUGGCGACUUAGAGGUGGAUGCAGUGGAUAUCAAGGUGGAAGACUCCCAAGUGUGGAUUCCAGCAGAGGAGCCCAUCGUUGACCCGGCAUUCCUCUUCCAGUCCAAAAUCUGGGAAUUCUGCCAGGAGCUGCCUAUCCACUGGAUCCAUCCCUCCCCCCUCAGUGAUUCGGACCUGCAGGAGGAGGUUGAUCACCUGGACGCCCCCGAAGCAGAGGUCAAAGGCCAUCGCUUCACCCGUGAAGUGGAGUUCCACGCUCCCGUCAACGACUACAGAGCAGUAGGUCUCGAGCUGGACAACCGCCUGGACGAGCGCGGCUACUGUUGCCAGUACUGUCAACAAGGCUACCGCUUCUGCCGCCGCUACCACGUGCCCCUGGGCGGCUUCAACCCGUGGCCCUACUACUACCGAGGAGGCCACGUCAUCUGCCAGGUGGUCAUGCCGUGCAACUGGUGGAUCGCCCGCAUGCUGGGGAGGGUCUGAGGGGCCACUGUAUGCCAACUGGAUUGUUGUUGUCCACGCUUUGAUCCAUCCUUUCACACCACUUGUGAGAUGAAAGUGGACCGUAGGCUGUUAAUUACUGCCUGAGCUGAAAGUUGGCUGGUAGCGCGCCGGUCAGACUAAAUGGCCCCCACGACAUUUGAAGUCUCUGUUCAAAAGCAUCUGCCAUUUAUCCUCAUGAAUAUGAUUUUUAUUCUGUUUAAUUUGUGCUAGCAUGUUAGCUUGGAACACUGAUGUCAAAUAUUUGCGGAAGACAUCGCAUGAUCUUUAUUUCAUGGGUUGAAAAGUACUGUAAUGUAGGAUGUAUACUGUAAUGUAUGUACACACAGUACAAAGUAGUGAUAACAUGUUUGUUGAGGACUUUUUUUAGAGUUGCUUUGAGUUGCAUUGAAUGCCUUUGAAGUUGAUUCUGGUAAUGCAUGCUAGCAUGUCAAUAUACAUUGUUUUUACAAUAUUAAU